AUGCUUUUUCCUAGAUUCACCCUCAACACUCAACAGAGAUGUGGCUUCAGGAAAGCAGCGAAGGAGACAACGACCAAGAAGGGGGCCUUAGAGGAGACUGGGCCUUUACACACAGAGCCCAUUGAAGGGCUCAUCCACAGGAGGGGUGCAUCUCCCCACGUGGAGCCCUCAGUGGAAUACACACACCCCAGGCACUUUGGCAGACUGGUCAAGCCCCUGGUGUUCACAAUAGGGGUAGGUAUUUAGGUAUUUCGUUAACUAAACAAGCACUACUCAAUAAACUAUACUACAACACAGUACACUAGAACUGUAUUACCUGUUACACACUGAACAACUAUUACUGUUUCAAUCACAGAGACCUCUAUAAGUCUAUUGCCAGAUUCAGCACAGCACUGAUGGAAUAAGGGGGACUAACACCAUGUUAGUUCACAGCCUGUUCAUUUGGCACAGCGGCCAUCUGGCAGUAUGAGUCACUAAAGUCCCGGGUCCAGAGCUACGUUAACGAGGUCCGGGCAGACUGGCUGGAGAAACUAUGGCCGCAGAAACGGGGAUCUUCGCAAAUGGGUGAGAUGAAGGAUGGGUCAAAACAUGCAUGAUGUUGGGUUGAUCCUUUUUUUUUAUACCAUGCCUCAUUAUUUUGUAUACAUCUUUAUUGAUACAGUGAGGGAAAAAAGUAUUUGAUCCCCUGCUGAUUUUGUACGUUUGCCCACUGACAAAGAAAUGAUCAGUCUAUAAUUUUAAUGGUAGGUUUAUUUGAACAGUGAGAGACAGAAUAACAACAAAAAAAUCCAGAAAAACACGUCAAAAAUGUUAUAAAUUGAGUUGCAUUUUAAUAAGGGAAAUAAGUAUUUGACCCCCUCUCAAUCAGAAAGAUUUCUGGCUCCCAGGUGUCUUUUAUACAGGUAACGAGCUGAGAUUAGGAGCACACUCUUAAAGGGAGUGCUCCUAAUCUCAGCUUGUUACCUGUAUAAAAGACACCUGUCCACAGAAGUAAUCAAUCAAUCAGAUUCCAAACUCUCCACCAUGGCCAAGACCAAAGAGCUCUCCAAGGAUGUCAGGGACAAGACCUACACAAGGCUGGAAUGGGCUACAAGACCAUCGCCAAGCAGCUUGGUGAGAAGGUGACAACAGUUGGUGCGAUUGUUCGCAAAUGGAAGAAACACAAAAUAACUGUCAAUCUCCCUCGGCCUGGGGCUCCAUGCAAGAUCUCACCUCGUGGAGUUGCAAUGAUCAUGAGAACGGUGAGGAAUCAGCCCAGAACUACACUGGAGGAUCUUGUCAAUGAUCUCAAGGCAGCUGGGACCAUAGUCACCAAGAAAACAAUUGGUAACACACUACGCCGUGAAGGACUGAAAUCCUGAAGCGCCCGCAAGGUCCCCCUGCUCAAGAAAACACAUAUACAGGCCCGUCUGAAGUUUGCCAAUGAACAUCUGAAUGAUUCAGAGGAGAACUGGGUGAAAGUGUUGUGGUCAGAUGAGACCAAAAUCGAGCUCUUUUGCAUCAACUCAACUCGCCGUGUUUGGAGGAGGAGGAAUGCUGCCUAUGACCCCAAGAACACCAUCCCCACCGUCAAACAUGGAGGUGGAAACAUUAUGCUUUGGGGGUGUUUUUCUGCUAAGGGGACAGGACAACUUCACCGCAUCAAAGGGACGAUGGACGACGCCAUGUACCGUCAAAUCUUGGGUGAGAACCUCCUUCCCUCAGCCAGGGCAUUGAAAACGGAUCGUGGAUGGGUAUUCCAGCAUGAGAAUGACCCAAAACACACGGCCAAGGCAACAAAGGAGUGGCUCAAGAAGAAGCACAUUAAGGUGCUGGAGUGGCCUAGCCAGUCACCAGACCUUAAUCCCAUAGAAAAUCUGUGGAGGAAGCUGAAGGUUCGAGUUGCCAAACGUCAGGCUCGAAACCUUAAUGACUUGGAGAAGAUCUGCAAAGAGGAGUGGGACAAAAUCCCUCCUGAGAUGUGUGCAAACCUGGUGGCCAACUACAAGAAACGUCUGACCUCUGUGAUUGCCAACAAGGGUUUUGCCACCAAGUACUAAGUCAUGUUUUGCAGAGGGGUCAAAUACUUAUUUCCCUCAUUAAAAUGCAAAUCAAUUCAUAACAUUUUUGACAUGCGUUUUUCUGGAUUUUUUUGUGGUUAUUCUGUCUCUCACUGUUCAAAUAAACCUACCAUUAAAAUUAUAGUCUGAUCAUGUCUUUGUCAGUGGGCAAACAUACAAAAUCAGCAGGGGAUCAAAUACUUUUUUCCCUCACUGUACAUUAUACAGGAAAUUUUUCAUUUUGCUGUCACAGUACCCAGCCUCUCCCCACAACAUACACAUACAGUACAACAGGCUGUGAUCAGAACAGGGGCCCUGGAACAGAGGUUAGGGGUUAUAGUCUCUCUGCCAUUUGUAACUGAAUGGGAUAUGAGGGUUACGAGGAACAAUUCUUCCAGUGAUUAUUUGGACUAAUUAUGAUUUUGCGGGGCUGGCGUCUUUCAAGUUUCAUAAGGAAAAGGGUUGAUUUGGCCCAAAGAUGGACGAGGAUUUCAGAAGAGUGGUGUGGACUUUGCCACUCACACUAGGCCAAAUAUCUCAAUGCUCUCUCUUCUUGCUGAACUGUUGUCACUGAUGUCUUAGCGAGUUGAUUCCCUAUGCUGGGUCGUGUUCAUUACUACACACAACGGAAAAUGUUUAAAAACAUUUUGCAACAGAAAACUAAAAUGUACAUUUCUUAUUGGACCAGGUUGUCCCUCCCUGUUUCAGUCAUUUUUAUUUUGUUUGGUGUCUAAUGAACACGACCCAGGUUUCACCACAUUGUGUGGGUGUUUUUUCAGACCGGUUCUGUUUCUGUUACAGAUCAACCAGUGGUGGAACAGCUUGAGUGAGGGCCAACAUACUGUUACAGGUUAGUCUGUACUGAAGCCCAUAGAUUUUGUUUUCUUGUGUCCUCUCAAUAGUAACUAGUUGAUACAGAUAUUGUGAGAUCACUACUACUCUCUCUAUCUCAAGAUACCGUAUUUUCCGCACUAUAAGGCGCACUUAAAAGCCUUUAAUUUUCUAAAAGAACGACAGUGCGCCUUAUAAUCCGGAGCGCCUUAUAUAUGGAUCAAUUGGUUAAUUGGUUGAUCCAUACUGGUUGUACACGGCGCUCAAGGCGCUCUGUCAAAAUGUUUCAGUAUGAAAAACCAAUAAAAACAAUUUAAUAAUAAUGAAAUGUUUCAGUACGACUGGUAAACUACAAAGCCGCACCGCUUGCAGCAUUACGGCUACCGUAGUCAGUAAACACCGGUACUGUGCUUACUCACAAUCCCACACCACUUGUGUGUGUGUAUAAAGACCCCAAAAUGGCACCUUUCAAGAGACACGCUUACGAUGCAGAGUUCAAGCUCAAGGCUGUCGGUCACGCAGUAGAAUAUGGGAAUAGAGCAGCAGCGAGAGAAUUCAACAUUAAUGAAUCAAUGGUACGGAAGUGGAGGAAGCAAGAAGAUGACCUGCGCCAAGUAAAGAAGACUAAACAGAGUUUCCGAGGGAACAAAGCGAGAUGGCCACAGUUAGAGGACAAACUCGAACAGUGGGUUGUUGAACAGAGAGCAGCAAGUAGAAGCGUCUCUACAGUCACUAUUCGAAUGAAGGCAACAGCGCAAGCACGGGACAUGAUCAUCGAUGAAUUUCGAGGCGGUCCUUCUUGGUGCUUUCAUUUUAUGAAAAGACGUAAUCUCUCCAUCCGCACACGAACUACCGUCUCGCAGCAACUGCCAAAAGAUUACCAAGAAAAGCUGGUCACUUUCCGCGCAUACUGCAAAAAGAAGAUCACUGAAAAGAAGAUCCGGCCAGAGCACAUCACCAACAUGGACGAGGUUCCACUCACCUUUGAUAUUCCCGUGAACCGCACUGUGGAGAAAACGGGGACCAGUACGGUGUCUGUACGCACCACAGGGAAUGAGAAGUCAUCCUUCACUGUAGUUCUCGCCUGCCAGGCUAAUGGCCAGAAACUUCCACUCAUGGUUAUUUUCAAGAGGAAGACCUUGCCAAAAGAAAACUUUCCAGCCGGCGUCGUCAUCAAAGCUAGCCCGAAGGGAUGGAUGGAUGAGGAAAAGAUGAGUGAGUGGCUGAGAGAAAUUUAUGUCAAGAGACCGGGUGGCUUUUUCCACACAGCUCCGUCCCUAUUGAUCUACGACUCAAUGCGCGCCCAUAUCACCGAUGCUGUCAAAAAACAAGUGAAGCAAACUAAUUCGGAGCUUGCCGUCAUUCCGGGUGGAUUCACUAAAGAACUCCAGCCGCUAGAUAUUGGUGUCAACAGGGCGUUCAAAGCUAGACUGCGAGCUGCGUGGGAGCAGUGGAUGACAGAAGGCGAACACACGUUCACCAAGACGGGGAGACAGCGCCGGGCGACUUACGCCACUAUCUGCCAGUGGAUCGUGGAUGCCUGGGCUGAUAUAUCAGUCUCAACUGUGGUCAAAGCUUUCACGAAGGCAGGAAUAAUCUCUGAACUGCCAGGCAACAGCAGCGACACUGACUCGGAUAAUGAGGAGAGGGAGCCGGGCAGGUUGGAUGCCGUAGUCGCCCAACUGUUCAAUUCGGACACUGAAGAAGAAGAAUUCGAGGGAUUCGUGGACGGGGAAUGAACUGAAAAAGUGAGCUUUACGUGUUAUACGUAACUGAACAAUGUUGAGUUAUGCACUAACGUUUGAUUUAGUGGUAUCAGACUGUUUCUUUUACUACGUGUUUACUGAAUCAGGGAAAAGUUCCCCUCCACGUUUGGGAGAAGAGUGAGCAAGGCUGGGAGAUAUUGUUAAUAUGCACAUUAACGUUUGAACAACGUUACCAUGGGAGUGAACGGAGUUGUCAGAACGCUUAAUAAAGUUUGACUUUAUCUGACUGUUUUGUUGACAUUCCCUUUAGCACAGCUCCAUCUAGUGGAUGCAUAACGCAACCCCAGUCAAACGUUUGACUGCAGUAUCUUCUAUUCUAUGCGCUUUAUAAUCCGGUGCGCCCUAAAUAUGAAAACAGUUCUAAAAUAGGCCAUUCAUUGAAGGUGCGCCUUAUAGUGCGGAAAAUACGGUAAUAUAUACUUUUUGUCCGUACGAGACAGAAAUGUACUCAACCACUUCGAUACACAUAAACACACAUUAGGUUGGAAAGGCUGGAGCAGAGGGCAGUCGCAUUGCAGUGCCCAAUGAGCAGUUUAGGGGUUUAGGUUCCUUGCUCAAGGGAACAUCCCCCCAAUCUCUUUCAUUAUCCACUAAUCUCUCUCUCAUCUCUCAUUCAUUAUGUAUUUUUCUACUCCUCUCCUCCUCUCUCUCAGGGAUCAUAGCUGCUAAUGCUGUGGUGUUUUGCUGUUGGAGAGUACCAUCCCUCCAGCGCUCACUGAUCAAAUACUUCACAUCCAACCCUGCCUCCAGUGAGUAGGGGAAACUGUCCUAUCAUCUCAAAUGACAAAUACACUUAACUUGAUCUCUGCCUCAGGAGGCGUUAAUAGUAAUCAAGUGUCAUGAUUAGGUCGCUGAGUUUUUCUUCAAAACGUGACCUGACCAGGAAAAUCUCCGGGGCCCUUGUUAUAGGCUAUAGUUUUUCCUUGUCAGGUCACAUGGUCAGGCAAAACUAGGGGCCCUAAUCAUGACACUUUAUUACUAUUAAAACGGACAGAGGCAGAGAUCCAGUUUAUUUGACAUAUGUAAUAAAUAAAUAUUAAAAAAUCGACUCACCUAAGCUCUUACAGUAAAAACGGCAUUAAAAAUAAAUAUUAACAAAUAUACAGCCUCUAUAGACAGAUUAUAAUCUGAAAAGACUUGUCCAAUAAGAAAUAGUGCACACAGUAGCAAACCCUAGCGAAACAUUUUGCAAUGAAAAUAUUUCUUAUAGGACAAAUUCAGGUAGAUCCCUCCCCGUUCCUAAUGAACACGUCCCUGAUCUCCUCCUCCUCCUGUCUGUGCCCUACCCACAGAAACCCUGUGUUUCCCCAUGCUCCUGUCCACGUUCAGCCACUACUCCAUCUUCCACAUGGCGGCCAACAUGUACGUCCUCUGGAGCUUCUCCUCCAGCGUCGUCUCCAUGCUAGGCAGGGAGCAGUUCAUGGCCGUCUACAUGUCUGCAGGUACCAGCACGUGUGUGUGAGAGACAGAAACGUUAGAAUGUAAUAGACAGAUUAAUAGACUUAUUUUCAGAUAAAUAAUUAAUCAUCUCCUCAUUGCCAGGUGUUAUCUCUACGAUGUUCAGCUAUGCGUGUAAGACAGCCAGCGGGCGCUUAGGUCCCUCUCUUGGAGUGGUAAGCACCAACAUUUUAGACUUCCUGUGUUAUUCCCCUUUACUUCCUGUCUCUAACAUCGCUUCCUGUUCACUUCCUGCCCUCUCCAGUCAGGAGCCAUCAUGACAGUCUUGGCUGCCGUUUGUACCAAAAUGCCAGAGGCUAAGCUGGCAAUCAUCUUCCUCCCCAUGUAUGCAUUCUCUGGAGGCAAUGUGAGUGAACAACCCUUACAGCACACUUAACCACACAGAGGCUACAUUCCGAUUUUCUACCCAUCUCCAGAAGUGUGCACUCAAGCAUUUAAAGGAAAGUUUGACAAUAUUUCAACUUCAAAUUCAUCAUCUCCAGCACUACCCCAACAUCAACAUAUGUAAAAAUGGUGCGUUUCUAUGUUUUGUAGUAAAAAAUAUGGAGAAAGAUAAGUGUUUCCAGUGAACUCAUCAACCAAUUAGUAGACAAUUAGUAGGCAAUGCCUACUCACAAUUGGUAAAAAUCACACAAAAAAUACCAAUGAUGUCAUUGGAAACACUUAUCUUCCUCAGUCUUUUUUACUACAAAACAUAGAAAUGCACCAUUUUCACAUAUGUUAUUGAUGGGGUGGUGCUGGAGAUGAUGAAUAUGAAUACAAUUCUGAAGUUUCCCUUUAAAAGUAUUGGAUUGGUGCAAGCUUGGAUGGAGGGAGUUUUCACCAUAUUCCUCAUACCCAUGAGGGGGAGUGUACUAAGGCUGGGAAUUGCCAGGCACCUCACAAUACAAUAUUAUCAUGAUACGAUAUGUAUUGCGAUUCGAUACUUUGAUUGUAUUGCGAUUCGAUGUUCCAAACAUAUGUCUGCUGCAGAGGGACAAGAGAGCCAUGAGAAAAUAAGUUUUGAUCAGUCAUGGAAAUAAAAGUGCUGAAAUCAUAAGUGCUCGUUCCCUAUUUAAAAAGAAGAUGCUAAGAAGACCAAGCUAUGAAGGAAAAAUACUGGAAUUCUGGUGCAGGUACAGCAAACUAAUGCAAAAAUAAUAUUGCGAUAUUGUCAAAAUGAUACGUUAUAUGGUAAAAAAUAAUAUCCCAAUAUGUAACUAUACUGAACAAAAAUAUAAACGCAACAUGUAAAGUGUUGGGCCCAUGUUUCAUGAGCUGAAAUAAAUGGUCCCAGAAAUGUUCCAGGUGCACAAAAAGCUUAUUUCUCAGAUUUGUUUACAUCCCUGUUAGUGAGCAUUUCUCCUUUGCCAAGAUAAUCCAUCCACCUGACAGGUGUAGCAUAUCAAGAAGCUGAUUAAGCAGCAUGAUCAUUACACAGGUGCACCUUCUGCUGGGGACAAUAAAAAGCCACUCUAAAAUGUGCAGUUUUGUUACACAACACAAUGCCACAGAUGUCUCAAGGUUUGAGGGAGCGUGCAAUUGGCAUGCUGACUGCAGGAAUGUCGUUCAGAGCUGUUGCCAGAGAAUUGUAUGUUCAUUUCCCUACCAUAAGCCGCCUCCAACGUCGUUUUAGAGAAUUUGGCAGUACGUUCAACCGGCCUCACAACCGCAGACCACGUGUAACCACGCCAGCCCAGGACCUCCACAUCCAGCUUCUUCACCUGUCUGAGACCCCGGACAGCUGAAGAAACUGAGGAGUAUUUCUGUCUGUAAUAAAGCCCUUUUGUGGGAAAAAACCCAUUCUGAUUGGCUGGGCCUGGCUCCCCAGUGGGUGUGCCUGGCUCCCAAGUGAGUGGGCCUAUGCCCUCCUAGGCCCACCCAUGGCUGCGCCCCUGCCCUGUCAUGUGAAAUCCAUUGAUUAGUGCUUAAUUAAUUUAUUUCAAUUGACUGAUUUCCUUAUAUGAACUGUAACUCUGUAAAAUUGUUGCAUGUUGCAUUUAUAUUUUUGUUCAGUAUAUAUCAAUUCCCCCCCCAUCACUAGAGUGUACAUGUGUACAGUUCAGGAGAAGGGUACAGAAUCAGAAUGUAGUCACAAACUGUCCAUCGAUGUGCAUGUUUACAAUUACCAUUCUGGAAUCACAACGUAUGCAUUUUGGACACAUUUCUAUGCUACUUGGGGAUUUAGUAUUGUUGGUAUUUCAGAUUUUUGGUACGAUGUGUGUUGGUAUGUCUGAUUUGGUAUGUGUUUUGACAAUUAGGAUUUGGUCUUAUUGUGGCUUUGUGUGAAAUGCCUUUAGUAGGGUGUGUUAUGUGACCUGCUGUGCACAUUUACUGAGAUAAUCAGCGACCUAGCUACCAGCAACCAGUCAUUUUCAAAGAUAGGAGGAGACACCGCAACUAGAGAGCUAGUGACCGGAGUUCGAACAUUUCCCACGUUUACGAACAUUUCCCACGUUUAUGCACAUUUCAGCAACGCGGCCGCCUGACGGCCAAUCGGGAGAGGGCAGCUCUUGCUAGCAAGCUGUGACAUUGACUAACAACAAAAUUGCCAUCAAGCAUGCUGUUUGAAGGAUACACACACCAGGGGAGCUCUCACUGAUUAUCUCUUAUUAACUCUCCCCAAAUAAAUAAUAAAUAAAUAAAAAUGCCUUUUGUGAACUAACACUAACACUCGCACUUGACUUUCUUUUCUCCCCCUUAGUAGCUCUGACUUUGCUGAUAGCUACUUUAUUGAGGAAAACGUACUUACUAUGACUGCUUGUUCUUCCUAGCUAUCUUAAGACGAAUGCACUGUAAGUCACUCUUGAUCGCGUCUGCUAAAUGACUAAAAUGUAAGUGUGACUCCAGGAAGUUCUUUGCUGUCCUGUUUAUUCACACCAUCAUUUUUAUCUUCUCCUGUCCAGGCAUUGAAAGGCAUAGUAGCCAUGGACACAGCUGGCCUAGUUUUAGGAUGGCGGUACUUCGACCACGUGGCCCAUCUAGGCGGAGCUAUUUUUGGCAUGUAAGUCUCACUGUUCAGCUAGGCGGAACACUUUUUGGCAUGCAAGUUAGCUUCAAGUCCAUCUGUCUGUAUGCUCUCACUCACUUAUUCAAUUACUCUCUCACACACUCAUCCCCAUUAAACUGACUGUUGCACAGGGCAGCAACAAAAUAUCUCAACAUCUAGUCAAGCUAGCUGUCUUUGACCAUCUUCUCCACAAUACCCCAGCUUUGCUGAUUGUGUUUGGGGGGCACUUAAUCCUCUAACCCCUCCCUCCUCCAAACUGCUCCAGUCUUCUUCUUACCCUGUGCUGCUCCCAACCUAUCGCGUACAUGUCUGGUGUUGGGUCGGGUACUACGACAGCCGAAAAUUGACAAAUUAAGAUCUAUUCUUUUAGUCUCGUUUGAGCUCUGUUGUUCUACCUCUCUUCCGAUCUCUAUAUGUUCCUCACCUAUACUCUCUCGCUCUUUUUUUUUUUUUGCAGCUGGUACAUCAUGUAUGGCCACGAGCUGAUAUGGUAGAACCGCGAGCCCCUAGUGAAGGUGUGGCACGACCUUAGGACGAAGGGUCCUGGUGGGGGUGGAAACGGUGGUAGCGGCCCCCUGUAGAGCGCACUGGACUGGGUGAAUGCAUAUGGAUGGACUGGCCUUGGCUGUUAUGUAUAAAUUAACAGAUGACAGAAGUGUCAAUAGCAUCAACAGCCUUGCUGGCCACACAAACCAAAGCCCAACUCUCCAUUUACCCCACACACACACAAGCUCUACGUUUGUCUCUCUCACACUCACACAUGUAAAUGCCAUUUGCAUUCAGUGCUUUCUCUCUCUCUCUCUGUCUCUCUCUCUUACUCACUCACUCACUCACAAUACAAAAGAAUGCAGGGCUUUUGUGUUAAUCAUGCUUUUAUGUGUUUGUGAGAAAAGAGGAGAGAACUCACUGGGGACACAUUGUUGAGUUACACUAGGGCCUGCAUUCACAAAGUGUUUGAUCUAGGAUUAGUUUGGCCUUUUACAUCAUAAUGAGUAAGAUUAUAUGUGAACACGGACCCAGGAGCCUACAGGUCGUCAUCAUCUCCCCAAAUGCUGAGGUGGAGGCCUAAACCCUAAGAUAUGAAAACCACAUGGUCACGAAACCCCUCCCACUGUCAGUACAGGGGAUGGCUAGGGAGCUACAGUGUCACAACCAAUUAUGUGUUUUAUAUGAUGAUAUACGUGUAUAUGAUGAUGUCUACAGUCAAAAGCACUAAUUAUUCUCUGGUCCCUACAAAAGAGCAGGUGUUCUUAAUGUU